GGAUAUAGUAUGAAGUCGACCUACAUUCAGACAGCCCACUACUUCCUCCUGACCAUAGCAAUGUGUAUUCCUUACAUGCUAACCUCCUUUGUGUCGUUCCUCAAAUGGCUUUUUGGAUCCUCCCCAACUCCUGGCCUCCUAACGUGGAUCACGAUUCUGCUUUUUGAGACCAUUCACUCCCUAGGACUGUGUGCCCUUGUCUUCUGGAUCCUACCCAAGUAUGACGUUAUAUCUGGCGCACUUCUCCUCAGCGCAACCAACAUUCUGCCGUCCCUUCUACUGAUUACCUGCUCCGGCAACGUGUACGGGGAUUCCAAAGUAAAGGUUGUCUUGAAGAAGAGCUUGGAUGUCUUUGCGUUGAUCUGUCAAGCUUCAGUGGUCCUGCUACUCUUCCCCUUCAUAGAUCCAGCACAGCGCCUGGCAAAUCCAGAAGACAAAGCUGUUUUGGUGAUCGGGGUUUUGUUCACCUCCAUCAAAUGCUGGGAGACAUUUGUAGAUGGUCAUAUCGGCCAUCUGAAUUCCCAAGGUUUGCCAGACAGCGGCAACUACAACAACCGCUUCAUGAACAAAAUACUGAAGGUCCGCUUUGAACUGCAAGAAGGAAGGUGCAGCGUGUCGAUGGUGGCAGGAGUGUGGAAGGUCAUCAUCACUGUUGCGGCAGUUUACUUGGUGAUGUAUUUGAAGGGGGUUGAUCUCAAGAACACUGACAAGGUAUUUUUUGUGUUCACGGAAUUACACGAAGAUACCACCAUGCUGUCUUCCUUGUUAGCAGUGUCUAUCGGUGGUUUUGUAGCGUACUAUGCAGCGUACAUAGCCUGUAAGUUGCAGAUGCAGAUAACGUCCUUCGCUGUACCAAUCGUCGUGUCCAUCCUCGUUACACUGGGGAUUUUAGCUGGUGACUGUCAUCACAAUGAUACUGGUUUCAUCCAACACAUAUCCAUAUACAGAGAAAAGUGUGACGUCUCACAAAAUGUCUACUAUGUAGGAAUAUUAUGGUUUAUGUCACUGCUGUGGAUCUCUCGACAUAUUUGGCUUCCAAUGCAAGGUCGUCUGGAGGAUUUUGAAAGACUGUUCAUCAACCCAUUUUAUUGUGGGAUACUGACGUGUGAAAACCUUGUCCUGAACCGUCGUCGUCACAACGAAACUGUCACCUAUUCCUGCGAUGGACCUACCGAUCAGCAAGAGCACUUCUUCAUAGUCAAGCCUAGAGGUGUCAAGCAAUCUAAUUCUUCAACCCAACAAGAUGCAACCAGUGCAGAGAUUCCCUUCAUAUAUGCAUGCGCAACUAUGUGGCACGAGACCAAGAUAGAAAUGACCCAGCUACUGAAAUCUUUGUUCAGGCUGGACAAAGAACAGGCGUUGAGAGAGCAAUGUGCAGUUCUUCGUAAUACAGUAGACGUGAGAGAUAGGUUCAACUAUCAGGCUCACAUAUUUUUUGAUGAUUCUCUGGAAAUUAACGACGAUGACAAAUGGCAGGCUAACGUGUUUGUAAGAACGUUGAUCAAGGUCAUGAGUCAGGCGUGCAGCGCUGUUCACCAGAGGUACAUGCAUCUGCAUGCUCCCUACAAAGUCAUCACUCCGUACGGGGCCCAGCUGAUCUGGGAGAUGCCUGGCGGGAAUCUGUUGUAUGUCCACAUCAAGGAUAAAAACAAGAUCCGGCACCGGAAGCGAUGGUCACAGGUGAUGUACAUGUACUACUUGCUGGGGUAUCAAAUACUGAAAGAUUCUGCUCAAGACAUCGUUAAACAAAUCAACCCUGAAACACCAGUGGACAAGAAGCACGUCAGCGAAAUGAUUGACUUAGACACGAAAAGAAAGAGCAAAAACACGUAUGUCCUGGCUCUAGAUGGCGAUACUGACUUCAGCCCUGGGUCGGUCAGAGUUCUGCUAGACAAGAUGUCGAACGAGAAAGUUGGAGCAGUUUGUGGCAGAAUCCAUCCUAUCGGUUCAGGGCCUCUUGUUUGGUACCAGAAAUUUGAAUAUGCUAUUGGUCACUGGCUACAGAAAUCGACUGAGCAUGUCCUAGGCUGCGUCCUCUGUAGUCCUGGUUGCUUCUCCCUCUUCAGAGCCUCGGCUUUAAUGGAUGACAACAUCAUGAGGACAUACACAACACUACCAACCAAACCUGGACACUUCCUGCAAUAUGAUCAAGGUGAAGACCGAUGGUUGUGCACGCUGCUGCUUCAGCAAGGGUACCGAGUGGACUAUGCCGCUGCCGCUGAUGCCUACACGUACGCCCCAGAAGGAUUCAAUGAGUUCUUCAACCAGAGAAGACGCUGGACUCCGUCCACCCUGGCCAAUAUCAUGGACCUAUUGUCAUCAUCUGAAGUAACUGUCGCUCACAACUCCAACAUCAGCUACCUGUACAUAGUAUACCAGAUGGCGAUGAUGGCAGGGACCGUCUUGGGACCAGGCACUGUCAUCAUGAUGAUUGCCGGGGCCAUUGAAGCAGUUUUCGCGCCUGGAUUGAUAUAUGCUUAUUUGAUGUCCUUGCUCAUUCCAACCAUCUUCACAAUCGCUUGCUUUACCACCUCUACCAAGAUUCAGCUUACUCUUGCAGCAGUAUUUAGUGCAAUCUAUGCCUUCAUUAUGAUGGCUGUAAUUGCUGGCACUGUCGUGAUUGCCUUCCAGAAAAGCUUUCUCCACCCAAGUGUCCUCUUUACCACCAUUCUCUCUGUCUUGUACAUCUUGUCUGGGCUGCUCCAUUGGAAAGAAAUAAGUUGUUUACCUCAUGGUUUUCUGUACUUCCUGUGUAUCCCCUCCGGGUAUCUUUUACUGUUUAUAUAUUCACUUUGCAACCUGAACAUUGUAUCCUGGGGCACUCGUGAACUACCCAGGAGGAAAACAAAGCAAGAAUUGGCGGCUGAAAAAGAAACCGAAGAGAAGAAAAAGAAAGAAAAGAAGAAAGAUGGUUUGUUUGCACAUCUUUUCUUUAGUUCAACCUAUAUCCAAGAACUCAAACAACUAUUCGAGGGGCUAAAACCUAACCUACUAUCAUCUAACACAGACAAGCAGGACGAUGUUGUGACACUUCUGAGACAAAUGAAUGAUAAUAUCGCUAAACUGUUAGAUCAGUCAACAGGAAAACAACCUCAAAGUCAAUCGCCGCAUGCGAGUAUUGCCAGCAGCUUAAAGGAACCUGAUACAGAAAUACCCACCUCUACCGAAGAGCCGGUACCAACAGAAGACGAACCUGAGACAGACUAUUACAGGGGUAAUCACUGGGCUCAUGAUCCGGCACUUGGAAAUGGACCAGUUCGGACACUUAUCGGCAAAGAAAAGGACUUCUGGAAUGUCUUAAUUGAGAAGUAUUUAAAACCAAUAGAAAAGGAUCCUCAAAAAGAAACCCAGAACAAGGCUGACUUAAUCGAGCUGAGAAAUGACGUGUGUUUUCUGAUGGUGAUGAUGAAUGCUCUCUGGAUGGCUAUCAACUUUAUGUUCCAGCUUCGUGAGGCUGCCACUUUUACAAUUGAGUACAACCUGAAUGGGGAAGUCGUUCCAUUAAAGAUUGAUAUCCUUGGACUUCUCUUCAUCAUCUUCUUCACUGUUCUCAUCUUGAUCCAGUUCUGCGGGAUGUUGUUCCAUCGCUGGGAAACGUUCCUACAUAUCAUAUCAAUGGCGUCCCUUAAGGGUACAGUUGAUGAAGCUGUCAAAUUUGAUGAACAAACCCAUCAACUAAUGGAGAAAUUGGAAGAAACAACAGAACUCACUACUGAGUACGACGAGGAUCAGGAACACAUCUACAUCAGACUGAGAGAUGUAGUUACAGGUGGUAUAACUGCCAGGACGUUGGCCACCACAAGAAGACGCAAUUUGUCAAUGACUGCAACACGUCUCAACGGCAAUCUUGAUCUCACAUCGACGGUUCUGGAAGAUUUAGGAACAUCCCAACAUACACGCCCCCGAAAAUAUACGGCAGGACAGAAUGCGUACAGAAGGAAUACUGGCAAAAAUAUGUUGCGACAUCGGUACUCUUGUAAGAUGUACGAUUAUGUAGUAGCAGAGGCAAAAAGAGGUAAUCGUAUUGCUGGGGUUUAUGUUCCUGAGGGGGAUAAUGAUGACGAUGUUCCAAACGUUGAUACAUCCUUGCCAGGUACGAUGGGAAGAGCGUUCGCUAAAAAGAUGAUGUAUUUGAAACGAAAGUCAAUACAUAGAGCGGAAACAAGUCUGCAAAUGUCUGAAUUAUGAUAAGCUAUGUUCGACGACCAGGACCUGCAUGAACAACGUAGUAGAAGAAAGGGGACAUUCGGCAAGUUGUACUGAUGGUGUUAUGAGGGAAUGUGUGCCAAUGGAUGUUCGAAUAACUGAACCAUAUAACUAGUUUUACCUUAUAUGUAUUAGUUUAAGGCUGAGGCAGCCAUUGAGUGUAAAAUACAACUUUUCAAAAUAGACUCCUAUAAGUUAUCAACCAUGUUUGUUAAAAUAUAAGGGGUUCUAAAAAGGCUCCUUUGUACAUUUGCAAAUGGCUGUCUGAUACCAAAUGGUAUUCAACGUUGCCCUUCAGUACUGAAUGUCUGAACAUGUUGCGUCCUGUUAAUGAUUAUGUUUUAGCCAUAAAAAUACAUGAUUAGAAUUUUCUUACAAUAAUAACUUGUUUCACUACCCUAGCUAUUAACCUCAGCAUAAAUACACCUACAAAGGUAAAGACAGAUCGUCUUUGGUAUUUAAUAUAACCAUGGAGAGUGAUGUAGUUGUAUUGAGUAGGAUACCAUUUCGUAUAUUGUAGGUUUACAUGACAACACAGUGAAUUUCACUGGCAUCAGAUAUCUCAAGAGUAAAAAUGCUAAAAAUGUUUUCAAACAUUUUCCUGCCUAUUUCAUAUUUUGUCAGAAUUUUGUUUGAAUGGUUUUUAAUUUAUGUUGUACUUAUUUCUCAUUACAAGCGGCAAAGUGUUCAAGAGAUAUUUAUGUGUACUUCUAUUUACGUAUUUAUUAUGAAGUAUCUACAUAGCAGAUGCAGUAUUUGAGAAAUGUGAAGAAAGUGCAGGCGUGAAGCUUAUGAUGUGACAGGAAAACCACACGUAAUUUCUUCAAAUUGUAUUUUCCUUCUAAUUUGUUUCUUGAACAUUGUGUGUAUAGCGUAUGAUCUCUUAAAAUACGCUUAUUUUAAUUAUGUAUUGUAAUUUGUAAUUUUAGUUUCAUUAGCUGCCCUUAGUUUUCUCUACUUUAUUCCUUAACCAAGUAAUUCAUAAACACGUGCUUAUGGUGUAGUCGGAAUAGUACAAUGGGUUCUUCUUCUAGUAGAGAUUUCCUAUGACUAUGGACAUUUGUCACUAAUAUAUCCAUGUACAUGUUGCAAUUGAGUACAUGCAAACAUACAUGCUUGACGAGAAACUCCUAAUGAGUAUAUACCCUUUUGUGGACUGAUUCUGUGUUCUAAUGGUAAUUAAUGAACAUUAAAGUGUCAAGAUGUUCGUAAUGGAACACAUGAUGGUAAACGUUGUUUCAUAUUUUAUAUAAUUCUAUUGAAUUACAAAAAAAUUAAAAAAGCAGUUUAACGGCGUACAACCAUGUGCACGUUCCUUAAAAACGAGAAUAUGUUUCUUCUGAAAAUGGAUUCUAUUUAUUGUACGUUUAUUGGUUUCUUCAACAUUCUAUAGUUACAGUUCUAUGUUUGUAUGCCAUCGUUGUUUGUAAAAUGUUAUUUCUUUGAACAAAUGUAGUUUUACCCCAGUUAAUGUUGACAUUAAUAUAUGAAUUUGUACCUGUCAAAAUUGCAUAUUGUUGGGGGUUAAUACAGAUUGUCUAUAACACAGUUGAGUAUAUACUGGGUUGGUAGAUGCAUUGGUCUAUGUUAAUAGCUAGCUUGCUUCUUGGAUUGGUAAUUCGUCAACAGCAAGGUGUGAUCCCUUACCGAAACAGAUGCCCCAUGUGCCUGUGUUGUCGCCAAGAGGCUAGUAUACACAGCACGUACCACAGGAAUCUGUUUUUGGCACCUGCAUCGCACUUUUCACACAAGUUCUUGUCUCAAGGUUAUUUUGCUUCUCAUAUAUAAUUGGAGAAGGAACAUGUCUUGAGGCGUUCAUUGUUUUGUUAACAAAUAGAUAAAAUGCGAGUGAUUCCGUGGCAUUUGAUAGGCUAACCAAGCAAAGAAUUUUUUUAUGUUUCCAUAAACCGAAAAAGAGUUAGGUCACGCCUACUAACUGACUACUGCUUUCUGAUUUGCUGAUACUAGAAUGGGCGGGGCUUGUGCUGCAUUUUUCUCUGAACAAUGUCACUGAUUAUGUAUUUUUGUUUACGGGUUUUUUGUGUGUUAAUGAUCAAAUACACAAGCUGUAAAAGCUA